CGGCCCCGUCUCACGCCCUCGGCCCCUCCCCAGACCGGUGUCGCUGGGGCGGGACCCGCUCCCGGUCCCGCCAUGCAGGCCGGGCCCCCGGAGUCCCGUGUCUCCCGCUGGCUGCGGCGGGGCACCGGCCUCCUGGCGCACCUGGUGGCGCUGGGUCUCACCCUCUUCCUGCUGCUGCUCUCCCGGCCGGGCACCAGUCUGUUUUCUUGGCACCCUGUUUUCAUGUCUAUAGCGUUCUGCCUCUGCCUACCCGAAGCCAUCCUGCUCUUCUCGCCCGAGAACUCGCCGUUCUGCCUCUGCUCCCGCCAGGUGAAAGUGUGGCUGCACUGGACCGCGCAGACGCUAGUGGUCGUGGCUGCCACGCUGGGCCUGGCCUUCAUCAUCUCCAGCAAGAAUCGGAGCGAGCUCCCGCACUUGGUUUCGUGGCACAGCCUCCUAGGCGUCCUGACUCUGGUUGCCACCUGCGGGCAGGCUCUGUGCGGGCUUAGCCUGCGCUUCCCCCAGCUGCUGAGGAUCUCCUCUGUGGCACGGCUGAGGCUGUACCAUGUCACAUGUGGCCUGGUUGUGUGUCUGCUGGCCACCUUCACUGUAGUCCUCGGGAUUUGCUCUGACUGGUUCCAGGCACAGAUCAAAGGGAUAGCUUGGUAUUUCUGCCUGGCACUGCCCUUCUACCCUGCCCUGGUGAUCAUGAACCAGACCACGGGCGUUCAUCUACCGAAGAAAAGAGUGCGUGUCUGAACUCCGGCCUCCCCUUCUCCUUGCGCCUCUUGCCACCCUGGGUCUGAGCUCCGGCCUGCCCAUCCCCUUCCCCCCAACCCCGGGUCUGAGCUCCCACCUACCCAUCCUCCUCUCUUCUCCUCCCGCCCUCCCCUGGGUCUGAGUUCUGGCCUGCCCAUCCUCUUCUGCCGCCCCCCACCAUCCCCCCGGGUCUGAGCUCUCGCCUGCCUAUCCUCUUCUGCCUCCUCCACGCCCCCGGGUCUGAGCUCCCGCCUGCCCAUCCUCUUCUGCCUCCUCCACGCCCCCGGGUCUGAGCUCCCGCCUGCCCAUCCUCUUCUGCCUCCUCCACGCCCCCGGGUCUGAGCUCCCGCCUGCCCUUCUGCCUUCGUUCCACAGUGCACGGGUGCAUUGGGGCUAGUCCCUUCGCUCCCUGUACUAGUGAGCAUUUUCGCUUGUGUGGUUAGCAGAGCUGCUCUGUGGGCGUAGGUCCUGAGCUGGCAGAUCACAGCUAAGAUAGACACUUAAUGUCUUUUUGUUCAGGUUUUGGACCUGGGGCUCGAUUUCAAGCUCCUGGCUCACACUGGAGUCCCUGCCCCUGAGCACUGCAGCUCAGCUGGUCUUGCCCCUGGAUGAGUCCCUUUGCUUUCGGGUGCAAAGCCCCAGCGCAUCUUUGGAGACAGAACUCCACUGGCCAUCUCUGCUUGUCGUUCAACCCCUGGGGCUGCUGGGAUUGUAAAUGAGGCAGAAGAGCACCUGGGUGCAAUAGGCCCCAGGUUCUCUUCAAACUGGAUUAAUUAUUGUUCCUGAUGUUACUCUGGGCUUUGCGAUGCCCCCCCAGCCCCGACCCAUGCAGGCUCUCACAGAGCCCCAGGCUUUUCUUAGGCAGGAGGGUUGGAUUUUGUGGUAGUUGGACUCCCCAAGGGCCCAGCAGGCUGAGGGAGCAGUUGGAAGGAUAUGGGGCCUUUUGCCUGGAUUCUCGCCAAUGUGGGUUGUGAAAUGGGCCUGUGUGAAAUGAGUUAGUGGUCUAGCUAUGCCUGAGGCACCUAGAUCCUACGGUAAGGGUAGUGCCAUAGACAGGUGGCAUUGGGUGUGGAAACUUGCACUAUUGCUGCCCAGGCUGUACCCGUCCAGUGGGUGAGCAAAGGUCUUGGCUCUGCAUAGUCCCUUUGACAAACACUGAGUUAACUUUAGCCAAGGAUGGGGUGGGGGGAUCCUGGGGAGGUGGUUUCUUGGCACCCUCCACAUCCCCCUCCGAGAAGCGCCUGUUUCAAAGGCCAGUUGCAGCACUUGACAGUGGCAGGUCUGUAUCCGCGUGUCGCUUUGGGGCAGAGGCCGUGGGUUAGCUCAGUGGGUUGUAAUGGGAAAGAACCAAGUUUGCAGUGUCCCUAGGGUUUUCGUGGGCUGGGGAUGGCUUUGCAGGUGUAGCCUGGGGGUAGGUUUACUAGCUGUGGGGGCUUCGUAACUCGCAAUGACUUGGGCUUUGGACCUGGGCUCCACUGAAAAUUUAGGUCAGCAUAGCUCCAGAGCUCGCGACUGCCAUGGCUGUGCUGACUGCACCCCCGGUGUUGACACAGCUGGGGUGACAGAAGCAGUUUUUCAUCAGGCUAGCUACCAUCACUCAGGUAGGUGGUGUUCGUGUGCCAAUGGAAAAGCCCCUUCCGGCUAUAGGCUGCAUUGACACUGCGGGUGUGUGCUGGCAUCGCUGUGGCGACUGAGCUGUGUUGCUAUAGUCCCCGUAGUGUAGACAUAGCCUUAGUCAGCAGCAAAGCUCCUAGGGCCGUGUUUGGGGUAGGAGCUGAUUGACUCUCACUGUUCCCAUAUUUAACCAUUUUAAUGGCAGGACUUGCGGUGGGCGUCUGCCUCCAGUAUCUCAGGGAAGGUGCCCCACUGCCUUGCAUUGCAUUUCCCUUUUGGAGGUGCUGCCAGUUCACGCUCUUCCUUUUCCUCCGCUGCUAUCUCACCAGCAUCCAAGGAACCUGCACAGCUCUGGGGAGAGGCCCCUGUUUGGAGUGGGUGCUUGGUUAAAUCACGCAUUUAACCCCUUCUUUCCUGAAUACUUGUCAGGGUGGGGCAGUUGUGGAGGGGAUGAAGGACCAGAGCAGAGAACAGGAGCCUGAGGUGCUAACCAGCUGGCACUGCACCAACAGAAUGUCCAAUGUCAUGCCCCCCACACCUCCUCGUAUGUGUCACCAGUGGGGUUUUCACCUGGGACCCUCAGCACCACAGCCCUGGCUAAAUAGUAGCUCUGCUAGGCCGCUAUCCUUCCUGAGGAUCAGCUACUAUGCUAGUGUGGGGACACAUGCAGUGAGCAGACUAUCACUGCGUGAAUGGGGGUGGCAGCAGGGGCAAGGCAGAUGUGCUAGCGGGAUGGAGACCCAUGGAAGGGCUGUGAUGCCCUUUGAUGGCUCUUGCUGUGAACAUGCUGCUGAAACCCUUGUGCUGUCUUCUGCUCAGUCCCACUCGACUGGAAAAUGAAAGAGUGUGCAGAUUCUUUUGUGCACUUGGGGUUUGGUUGCCAGCUAUCCUUCCCCUCCCCAAAGACUCACUCCUCUUUCUGAAACGCCACCUGCAGUGUCACUCUGCAUUAACCCUGCGAAGACGGCAGGAGCAAUCCUUGCACUUUCCAAGCUCAGGACAUUCCCCAUUUUAGCUGCAUUCUGAGUGGCUCCAGCUCGUUCAACCCAACUGAAUCCCCCUCUCUGUUGUGUUAUGGGUCCAAAAAGCUGGGCCAAGUCCCUGCCCUGUGGUCUAAAGGCAUUGGCUUUGCCUGCCGCUUGGCGCUGGGAAUGUCUUCCAUCUCAGGGAACUAAUGAAGUGCAAUUCAACAUUGAGGCCUCAUCUGGAGUACCAUGUCCAGUUUUGGGCCCCACACUACAAGAAGGAUGUGAAAAAAUUGGAAAGAGUCCAGCAGAGGGCAACACAAAUUAUUAGGGGUCUGGAGCACAUGACUUAU